AUGAACUUCAAGAACUUGAGGGAGUACCUGGCCUGGCUGUACUACCAGUACCUGCUCAUCACUGGCAUCUAUGUCCUGGAGCCCUGGGAAAAGUCAAUUUUCAACUCCAUCCUCUUCUCCGCCAUCGCCAUGGUGAUCUACACCUCAUAUGUGUUUGUGCCCAUCCAUGUACGCCUUGCACUGGAGUUUUUCUCCGGGAUCUUUGGCGGCCAGCCUGAGAGCACCAUGGCGCUCAUGAACUAAAAGGAGAAGAGAACAUGGAGGGAAAAGAGGCAGCGACUGGGUGGAUUAGCAUGAGUCCCCAAAUCAUUUCCUAUAACUCAACUCGUCAGGUCCCAGACC